AUGCUUGGUGGGGGCCAGAAAAGAGAGGAAGGAAAAGAGGAAGCCCCACCACCACCACGUGAGUCUUCCUCUCCACCUCCGCGUGCAGAACUUGUGGCAUCUGAUGCGGAUGAUAGAUUAAGGGUAGUUUAUCACUAUCUCGUGUGGACUAUACUGAGGGAAGUCUCCCUGAUCUGAAGGCGAAAAUAGAGUGGGAAGAGGGCAACUCACUCGACCAGGGAUCGAUAGUGAGAAACUACCUCUAUCUUCUAAAUAGAGCAGUGGCAUCUAGUAACGCUUCUAGUAACGCAGCUUCGUCCAGAAUGGACGCCAGCGCAGCAACCUCGAAAGCAGAGGAGUGGAGCGAUCGACGUCUGCUUAUAUCUGGUAUGCGCGUGCGAGCCCGUUGGAAGGGAUUGAUGGUGUGCAAUGGUACGAUCGUGAAUGCUCACGAGGAUGGGAGCUGUGACAUCCAAUAUGACGACGGCGAUUACGAACCGGCUGUGCCGGAUGUAGAACCGCAUGAGGAGCAACCGAACCCAGCGGUGCGCCGCAUGAUUGAAGAGGAUACACUGCGCAGGGAAGAAGAGUUGUUAAAACGGGAAGCAGUUACGACUAAGGUCUCUUAAAGAAUAGAGGACUGUACUAUUUUUGACUGUACAGAAGUUUGUGUUUCAUUACAGUAAUGGCACUACAUACAUUAUGUAACAUCUACAUGUGUUACAUUAUGUAAUACUACAUACUUCUAAGAUUAUCUUACUUAGUAUUUUUUAUGGUGAUCGCAACUAUUAUUUUUGAACUAAUACAAGAAAGAGACAGCGACAAGCAUCGGGUGAAGAAGGAUUUGGCGCUGGUGAUGUCUUUGACUUUUUUGCGAACGCAGCGAAAGAAGCAGAGAGGCUCAGUCAGG